AUGCUCACCAAGACGCUCAUCGCCCUCACGAUCGCCGGCACGGCGCUCAACGUCGCGGCGCUCCCCUCGGGUGGCGGCAAGGGCGGCUACGGUGGCGGCUACGACGACUACGGCCUGGGCGACGGCAUCAUCUCGGCGUCCGACUACUCGCAGAAGAACGCCGAGGAGUCUCUGAGCUACAGGGAGAUCUGCUACCGCAACCUUUACGCCGACGUCGAGGCGUUCAAGCUCCGCACCGACAAGGAGGUCGCGAUCAAGGACGCCGGCAACGCCGACGUGUUCCUGUUCGCCAACUUCAAGAAGGACUACCAGGACAAGGAGUUCUACUACGAGGAGUUCUGCUACAAGCAGACGCACAAGAAGGAGCACAACUCGAAGGUGAGCGCCGACUCGGUCCUCGUCGGCCUCAAGGAGAAGCGCGACGGCGGCAUCGGCAACGGUCUCGGCGGCGGCCUUGGCCUCGGCGGCGGAAUCGGCCUCGGCGGCGGCCUCGACGGCAUCUCGGGCGGCGGGCUCAACGGCAUCGGCGGCUUUGACGGCGCGGGCUCGCUCGACUCGGCCAGCUUCCUCGACGGCGGUUUCGGCGACUACGACAACGGGCUCGGCGGCGGCUUCGGCGGCUCCUCGUCGCUCGGCGGCGGCGGCUUCAGCGGCGGCUUCGACGGCGGCAUCGGCGGCGGCAUUGGUGGCGGCGUCGGCGGCAGCUUCGUCUGAGCCGACCUCAGCCUCUUUCCUCCAGGUCGUUCGCGCCCGAUCUUUCCCUCUCGACCUCGUCGCCGUCUCCUCUGCCUCGGACCCCCUCUCUCCCCCUUCUUCUUGUGUAGUCAUCCCCUCUUUGGUCGCUCGCAAUGCCUUUUCACCCAUC